CGUGGAUCCGAACCCUUUUCUCUCCAUCCAUGUCUUACCGCAGAUCUUACCAGCCCUCGGCUGCUUCUCAGCAGCAAGUAGAGGAUACAGCCAAAAUUAUGGACAAAACCUGGGAAGUCAUUCAGCAGAAAACUUUCACAAAAUGGGUCAACAACAAGUUGGACAUUAAGAGCAUUCCUCAUAUCAAUAACCUUGGAGAAGAUCUCACCAGUGGUGUUAGACUGAUUCAGCUCUUGGAAAUCAUCGGGGAUACACCCCUUGGACGAUACAACCAAAACCCCAAAAUGAGAAUUCAAAAAGUUGAAAACGUUAACAAAGCUCUGGAAUUUAUGAGGCUACGAAACCUUCAAUUGACUAACAUUGGUGCUGAAGAUAUCGUCGACACCAAUACCAAGCUCAUUUUGGGUAUGAUUUGGACAAUCAUUUUGAGAUUUACUAUUGAUGAUAUCAACCAAGAAGGUUUGACGGCAAGAGAAGGUCUUUUGCUUUGGUGUCAGCGCAAAACUGCGCCUUAUGACGAUGUGAAUGUCCGCGAUUUUACCUACAGCUGGACUGAUGGCUUGGCAUUUUGUGCUUUGAUUCACCGUCAUCGCCCAGACCUGCUUGACUACCAUGCCUUAGACAAGUCCGACAGACACGGCAACACAGCUUUAGCUUUCGAUGUAGCUGAGCAGCACCUUGGAAUCCCCAAACUUUUGGAUGUUGAGGAUGUUUGUGACAUUCAAAAGCCAGACGAGAGAUCUGUCAUGACCUAUGUUGCCGAAUAUUUCCACGCAUUUUCCGCAUUAGAUAAGGUAGAGACUGCUGGACGUCGUGUUGCUCAAUUUGCGGAGAUGAUGGCGUCAGUUUGGGACAUGCAGAGUGAUUAUGAAAGACGUGUUCUGGCUCUUAUGGACGUGGUUGACAGCAAGCGAAAGGAAUGGAAGGGCACAUCAUUUUCUGAUUCAUAUUUGGAGGCAAAGCAGAAGUCUGCAGAAUUCACCACCUACAAGAAUACAGAUAAGCGUACUUGGGUUGCUGAAAAGCAGGACGUUGACACUCUACUCGGAAAUAUACAAACUAAGCUGAAGACGUAUAACUUGGCUCCAUAUGUACCACCUCAGGGAUUGUCCUUAGCUGACCUGGACAAGACCUGGAAUGGUCUGCUAGAUUCGGAAGCCAAUUAUCACCGAAGCAUCAACGGCAAGAUUCGCGAAAUCAAGGAAAAUCUUCGCAAAUCAUACGCAAACGCAGCGAAUGAUUUCCAAAAGCAGCUUAACGCUCUUUCAUUGGAAUUGGCAAAAUUGGAUGGCGAUCUGGAUAUCCAAUUAAACACUGUUCAGAAGAUUACUGGAAAGCUUCAGCCCCUACAAUCAUCUCUGCAAAAGAUUGACGAUCUCGACAGACAAUGUGAAGAAGCUAACACUGAAGAGAAUGAUUACACUAUCUACUCUGUUGAGGACCUAAGCUUUGAGCUCAGUCUUGUUCAGAAGGCCGUUCAGAAGAAGAGUGCAUUUAUCGAGAACCAGAUUGUGUCAAGAAAUAUGACCAACUUGACACCUGCCCAAUUGGAAGAGUUUGAGUCAACGUUCAGAUACUUUGACAAGGAUAAUAGCAACUCUUUGUCUCCUCCAGAACUCAGUGCCGCUAUGGCCAGUCUGGGACUGUUCUACGAAGAUAGAGAAUUCGACAAAAUAUUUUCACAGGUUGCCGAAGACCAAGAUAAGGCUUCAUUCGAACAAUUCAUUCGAUAUAUGGUAUCUGUUACUGAGGACAAGGCAACACCUGAACAGCUAUGCCAGUCAUUCCGUGCCGUCGCUGGAGAUAAGCCAUAUGUCACGGAAAUGGACUUGAAGAUGUGUAUGGUGCCUGUACCCGUCAUUGAUACUCUGAAGCAGACUAUGCCAAAGAGUCAGGACGGAUACGAUUACACGGCUUGGGUCAACUCUGUGUUUAAAUGAAUUAUGUAAUUAAAUAAACCUGGGCCACAACACACUCUAUUAUUUUUCAACAACAGGAA